AUCACGCCUGCCCAGUCCAGUCCGUCUUGGCCCAUACAUAUAUAUAUAUACCUCGGCACCUCGCAUGCACCGAGAAUGGCAGUAACAAAACAUAGCACAAAGCUGUCGAGGCUGAAAGGCUACCCAAGCACAAGCGCUUGGCAAGUAGCAGCUAGCUCUCGUUUCUCAAGCCGCCGCGGGCCUCUCCUCUCUUGCCUGCUCGCUCUCGCGCGCGACCAUCGGCAGUGAGAGCAGUGAUGGCCCUGCUGGGGUUCAUGGGCGUCGACGAGCUGGUGGUGACGGUGGCGCCGGUGGCCGUGUAUUGGGUGUACUCGGGGAUCUACGAGGUGCUGCUGCGGCGAACCACGGUGCUGGACAAGUACAGGCUGCACUCGAGGAGGGACGAGGAGACCAAGAACAUCGCCUCCAGGAAGGACGUCGUCAAGGGCGUGCUCCUGCAGCAGGCCAUCCAGGUCGCCAUCUCGGUCGCUGUGCUCAAGCUGACGGGCGACGGAGACGGUGCCGCCGCCGACCGCGCGGCGAGCCUGACGCCGGAGCCGUUCCUGGUCGUGGCGGCGCGGUUCGGAGUGGCCAUGCUCGUGCUGGACGCGUGGCAGUACUUCAUGCACCGUCUGAUGCACUCGAGCCGGUACAUGUACCGCCGGUUCCACUCGUGGCACCACCGCGUGGCCGCGCCGUACGCGUUCGCGGCCCAGUACGGCCACCCGGUGGACGGCGUGCUCACGGAGACGCUGUCGGGCGCGGCGGCGUACCUGGUCUCGGGGAUGUCUCCGCGCGCCGCGGCGGCAUUCUUCGUGUUCGCCACCGUCAAGGGCGUGGACGAUCACUGUGGCGUGGCGGCACCCUGGAACCCGCUGCACGCCGCGUUCGGGAACAACACGGCGUACCACGACGUGCACCACCAGCGCGGCGGCGGGCGACGCAACUUCUCGCAGCCCUUCUUCGUGGUCUGGGACCGCUUGCUCGGAACGCACGCCCGGUACGCCGUGCUCCCUAGGGACGGCGGUGGGUUGAAGGUUAAAAUCUUCGAGGAUCAGAUGCACUAGUACCCCACCUUUUUGCAAUAUUGCAGCCUGGCACCACGCCAGGCUGACCUCGUCUACCAUUUUGUUCUGGCUU